AUGUCGCCACGAGAUACCACCUUUACCUCAACCUCCACGAGGCGACGACCCUCAGUAUCGCUUCGUCCACGAGCCCGAACCGCGGUGCAAUCCAUUCCCCUUCCCAAAGAUUUCACAUUCGAUCAGUGGAGAGAGACCUCCCCGGCGGAGGCGUAUUGUGAUCAGGAUGCCUCGGCUGUCGAGGAGAUUGAGCCUUUUCAACAGGCAGUGCCUCGACGCCGUGCGGCCAAGAGCUUUUCAAGCUUGCGUCAUCCAGUGGAUGGGUUAGUGGCUCUGGGCCGCCGGCUUUCCGUCACACUACGCAGCAAGUCCUCCAAGCACAACAUGCGUGUGUCCGGGGAGGAGGAGAAUGAUGAUGGUCGCCACUAUAAGGUCUCGGGUCAUGCCGGCCACAAGCGCAAUGCUGCGUCUGGUAAUUGGGAUGUGCGUCCCCAGGCAUGGACUAUGGCCUGCAGUGUCAACCGCCGUCCCUCUCUCCACAGUGUCUCCGCACUCCACGAUUUCUAUGCGCCAACCGCGGCAGUUCCGGCUCCAAUUCCGGGUCAUGGGUCGGAACCACCUAUCAUCCCAAAUGAUAAGUUCUUCGGUGCAGCUGCUCGUGCUGCAGCGGCUGCGCAGAAUGAACAGAUGGAUCUGGCUAGACAGUUGGCUCGAAUCGAGCGGGAGAAGGCUCUCGAUAUGAGAGUGACGCAGGAUACUGAGAGUGGGAUUGGCAUUGACUUGCGCGAUCCCUCGGACUCAGACACUCAGUUGGGUGUCAUGCGUAUUGAUCCUGCUACUUACUUGCCUUCCGAGAUCAUGACUCACAUUCUUUCCUACUUGGACCCUGCAUCUUUGUUGAAUUCUGAACUGGUGUCAAAUAUUUGGCAUCACCACGCAUCAUCACCCCAUGUCUGGAAGCCUGUGUUUCGUGGUGCCUACCCCCGCCGUCCGGCAAAUUCCACUGCGACCAAGAAGAAGCAGCCGGCUGGGCUGGGUAAGAAUAGGCCUAACCAGGACUGGAAGCGGAUGUUUCUGGUUAAGAGAGCUCUUGAACAGCGCUGGAAGGAGGGCAAGGCUGCCGCGAUUUACUUGCACGGGCACAAGGAUAGUGUAUACUGUGCACAGUUUGAUGAAAAUAAAAUUAUAACCGGAUCUCGCGAUCGUACAAUUCGUAUUUGGGAUGCUCAUUACCCUUGGCCUUGCCUCAAGGUCAUCGGUCCUCCUCCUGACGAGGUCCCUGGAAUCGGACAAGUGAACAAUCCAUCGCAGCAAGCAACUGGAAAGUCUCCCUUUCUAACCAUCUGCCCUCCAUCGACUCCCCUGGAGGGUAUUGUUACACCGAUGGAGAAGUCGCUGGAUUACCACAGUGCCUCGAUCCUUUGCCUCCGUUUCGACGAAGAGAUUAUGGUCACUGGGUCUUCAGAUUAUACCUGCAUCGUGUGGGAUAUUAAGAAUGACUAUAAGCCAAUUCGCCGUCUCUCUGGUCAUCGCGCCGGUGUACUGGAUGUCUGUUUUGAUGACCGUUACAUCAUCUCCUGCUCCAAGGACUGUACCAUCUGCGUGUGGGACCGGAAUACCGGCGAACUCCUGAAGACGCUUGUGGGCCACCGCGGGCCGGUGAAUGCAGUGCAACUGCGGGGUGAUCUCGUGGUCUCGGCCAGUGGCGAUGGCGUGGUUAAGUUGUGGAACGUCACAUCCGGUCACUGUGUUCGGGAGUUCCCUAGCAAAGAUCGGGGUCUAGCCUGUGUUGAGUUCAGCGAUGAUGGUCGGACCAUCUUGACUGGUGGUAAUGACAAGACUAUUUAUCAGUUUGAUGCCAACACAGGCGAGCUGGUCAAUGCCCUUCAGGGGCACACUGGUCUGAUUCGAUCACUACACUUGGACAGCAUGGGAAAGCGUAUUGUCAGUGGCAGUUACGACAUGAGUGUCAAGGUGUUCGAUGCCGACUCUGGUGAACUCUCCAUUGAUCUGCCAGGGUGGACUACUAGCUGGAUGCUCAAUGUCCAAUCGGACUAUCGACGAAUUGUGGCCACAAGUCAAGACUCUCGAGCUGUGAUCAUGGAUUUUGGCUACGGACUUGACGGUAUUGAACUAUUGGAAGAGUGA